GCUGCUGCAGCAACAGAUCGAUCUCACCAAGGAGCUCAAGAAGAGGGUAUCUAAGCAGGAGGAAGCCAACAACGACAACGACAAUUUAAAGGGUCUGUGAGGAUAACCGCAUGACAGAAAUCCGUGCGUAACACAAUUGACGUAGAGAACCCACUGCGGAACAUGAUGGAGGAGGACGCACUACUGACUACCCUGAAGAUCCUCAUCAUAGGGGAGAGCAGUGUCGGCAAAUCGAGUCUGCUGCUGCGUUUCACCGAUGAGACGUUCGAUCCAGACCUGCAGCCCACGAUAGGCGUCGACUUCAAGGUGAAGACGAUCACGAUCGACAACAAUCGCUGCAAGCUCGCCAUCUGGGACACGGCCGGCUUUGAGCGCUUCCGCACGCUGACCCCAAGCUACUACCGCGGCGCGCAGGGCGUCAUCCUCGUCUACGACAUCUCGAGCAGGCAGUCGUUCGAGCGACUCGGCACGUGGCUCGCCGAACUCGACAUGUUCUCGUCGCGCGCGAACGUCGUCAAGAUGCUCGUCGGAAACAAGAACGAUCGCGAGCGCGAGCGGGAGGUCGAGCGCGCCGCGGGCGUCGCGUUCGCACGCAAGCACUCGAUGCUGUUCAUCGAAGCGAGCGCGAAGACGCGAGACGGCGUGCAGUGCGCCUUCGAGGAGCUAGUCGAGAAGAUCGUACAGACGCCGGGGCUGUGGGAGGCGACAGGAGAGCGCGGGGUCGUCGUGUUAGGGGGCGCCACUGAGCCGGGUUGGAUACAAUACUGCGGCGGCUACUGCGAACUUAUAUGAGGGUGGGGUUAUGUGAUUGCUUAUUGAUCGAUAUAAUCGUAUAUAUGAUUGCUUAUAUAAUCGAUAUAAUCAGGAGUCUAUCAAUAUUGAUCAAUAUCGAUCGAUGAUCCCCUGAUA